GUGGUGGUUUCGUGGGAGCGGAGAGCUUCGGCGGGCGCCUAGGAAUCAUCGUGCUUCACGGCACCCUCUCGUUGGUGGCUCAGGCCACUGCCCUUUCAGUGUCUCGACGAGUCCGUCAAAUUGAGAUAACACAAUACACACUUGACCUCUUUAUAUAUUUGUGUCUUCUUCUUCAUCCAUCGAUCGAUCACUGCCUCCAUUUCCAAUCCAAUACUCUCUCUUUCUCAUUCCCUUUCCAUCUCUAAUCUAAGCCCACCCCUCUACUCCAGACUAUGGAAGCAGCCGCCGCUUCGUCGCGUAUUGGCCUGGCGGGCCUGGCUGUGAUGGGCCAAAACCUAGCCUUGAACAUCGCUGAGAAAGGUUUCCCCAUCUCCGUCUACAACCGUACAGCCUCCAAGGUGGACGAAACCCUUGAUCGAGCUCACCGCGAGGGCCACCUGCCCCUUACUGGCCACUACACCCCUCGCGACUUCGUUCUCUCGCUCCAAAAGCCCAGAUCCGUUGUCAUCCUCGUGAAGGCCGGCUCCCCCGUCGACCAGACUAUCGCCGCCCUCUCCGAGCACUUGGAGCCCGGCGACACCAUCAUCGACGGAGGCAACGAGUGGUACGAGAAUACCGAGCGCCGUAUGCACGACGUCUCCCAGAAGGGCAUUCUGUACCUGGGCAUGGGUGUCUCCGGAGGCGAGGAGGGUGCUCGUCAUGGACCCUCUUUGAUGCCCGGUGGCUCCUACCAGGCAUAUCUCAACAUUGAAGACAUCGUGAAGAAAGUUGCCGCACAGGUCGAGGACGGACCCUGCGUCACCUAUAUUGGUGAAGGAGGUUCCGGCAAUUUCGUCAAGAUGGUGCAUAAUGGCAUUGAAUACGGCGAUAUGCAGUUGAUUUCCGAGGCUUAUGAUGUGUUGAAGAAUGUUGGCGGGCUAUCCAACGCUGAAUUGGCGGAGAUCUUUGGCGAGUGGAACAAGGGCGAAUUGGAGAGCUUCUUGAUUGAGAUCACUUCGGAUAUUUUUAAGGUCAAGGACGAGUAUGGGGAGGGGGAUUUGGUGGAUAAGAUUCUUGAUAAGACGGGGAUGAAAGGGACUGGAAAAUGGACAGUCCAGCAGGCAGCGGAGCUGUCAGUGGCUGCACCGACGAUUGCAGCCUCCCUGGAUUGUAGGUACUUGAGCGGAUUGAAAGAAGAGAGAGAGGUGGCUUCCGAGGUUUUGAAGGAGGCAGGACUGAAGGAGGAGGUUGGGCCAGUGAUGAGUGAGAUUGACAAGAAGAAGUUGAUUGUUGAUGUGAGGCAGGCUUUGUAUGCUUCCAAGAUUUGUAGCUAUGCUCAGGGGAUGAAUUUGUUAAGAGCCAAGAGUAUUGAGAAAGGGUGGGAUCUGAAUUUGGGCGAAUUGGCGAGGAUUUGGAAAGGAGGGUGUAUUAUAAGAGCUGUGUUUCUAGACCGUAUCAAGAAGGCAUACCAGCGGAAUCCAAAUCUGGCAAGCUUGGUGGUGGAUCCAGAGUUUGCAAGGGAGAUGGUGCAAAGGCAGGCAGCAUGGAGGAGAGUUGUGGGGUUAGCAAUUUCAGCGGGGAUUAGUACACCAGGGAUGUGUGCUAGUCUUGCAUAUUUUGAUACGUACAGGAGGGCAAGGCUUCCUGCAAAUCUUGUCCAGGCUCAGAGGGACUUGUUUGGGGCGCAUACUUAUGAGAGGAUUGAUCGUCCUGGGUCAUUUCAUACAGAGUGGACAAAGCUUGCUCGAAAGAGUAACACAGGUGUUGCUGCUCUGAAUUGAUCUUUUGGAUUUUCCUUAUUUGAGCAUAGGAUGUUAUUGAUGUUUCUGUUGAAUUUGGAUUGUAUCUUAUGCUGAGGAUUUCCUGCUAUCGGCACAGCACAUGUUGUUUUGGUCUUACCAUGGUUUUCGUUUUGCUGUUAAUAACUGAUGCAUGCCUUCAGCAUAUUACCAGCUUCAAUAUUUUCAAAUGAUAUUUUGUCAGUUAGAAGCUGAACUUGCCA